UGACAAAAAUCAAUCCGAACGAAAUGUUGGUGGUGUCUGUCGUUGCCCAGUUUAGUUCAUUCGUAGAAAGUUUAGAAAAACUGAUUUCUUUUGAAUUUUAUUAUUUCCAGUUUAGAAAAAAAAAUCAUGUUGCAUCAGUUGAAGUGAUAGGAUCAUAAAUUCCCCGGAAACAAAUGUAUUAUAUUUGUCGAGAGUGUUUUCCGUCGAUAUUAUUGAAUUGAACACCAUCGCGGAACUGCGCACAGUUGCUCUUUGUGUCGGUCGUCGGCUGAAGUGUUGUUGCUGUUGUGCUUUUUCCCGUUGUCCGUCAGUUUGCCUUGCGACGUGUUGGUGGAGGAAGGAAAAAAUGGUUGUUUUUUCGUGUGACUAAUUUGUGCAUGUCUGAUGGGAAAAAUCUUUUUUCUUCAAAACGGAAACCGACAGUACUUUCAACAAUCUGGCACUUUCAGUCGGACUGAUAUGAUUGGAUAGAGAAUGAAAUCACAUCGAUGAAAUAUUUUUAUCGAAGAAAAAAGGAAAAGUCUAAGCAGGCAGACAGCAGCACUGGAUAAGUUAGCUCUAUCACCACAACCUGUAGGCUCAGUCUAGCCAGAACAGUAUCGUUUAUCGGAAAAGUUGUAAUUACCGAACACUACGAGCGGAAUUUAGACUAGUGCAAUAAUGAAUGGGUUAAGCUUCGGUGAGCUAUGUUGCCUGUUUUGCUGUCCACCAUUUCCCGGUCGAAUUGCUGCCAAACUUGCCUUUCUUCCCCCGGAACCUACGUACAAUCUGACACCAAUCGAUGAGAGCAAGGCCAAGUAUCUGCUCAGUUUCAACGAACGCGCUGAGUGGCCAUACUCGGAACGGGAAAAGGAGAACGUGGAAGGAUUUUUCACGCGGACUUCGCGUGGUAACAAACUGUCGUGCAUUUACGUUCGGUGUGCACCGAACGCCAAAUACACGCUGCUGUUUUCUCACGGCAAUGCCGUGGAUCUGGGACAGAUGAGCAGCUUCUAUCUCGGGCUCGGACUGAGAAUCAAUUGCAAUAUUUUCAGUUAUGACUACUCGGGCUAUGGCAUGAGCACCGGGAAACCUUCGGAGAAAAAUCUGUAUGCCGAUAUUGAUGCAGCGUGGCAUUCACUGAGAACGCGCUUCGGAAUCAGUCCGGAGAAUAUUAUCCUGUACGGACAGAGCAUCGGAACGGUGCCCACGGUGGAUUUAGCUUCACGGUACGAUGUCGGUGCGGUGAUACUGCACUCACCGCUCAUGUCCGGGAUGCGGGUUGCAUUCCCGAACACAAAGCGGACGUGGUUUUUUGAUGUGUUCCCUAGUAUUGACAAGGUUUCCAAGAUUAGUUCACCCGUUUUGGUGAUUCACGGCACGGAAGAUGAGGUGAUAGAUUUUUCCCAUGGAUUGAGCAUUUACGAAAAGUGCCCCAAGGCAGUUGAACCACUCUGGGUUCAGGGAGCCGGCCACAAUGACGUUGAGCUGUACAACCAAUAUCUAGACCGUUUAAAGAAAUUUAUCGCAAUAGAACUGAACAACUGACAAUUAAAGAAUGCUCCUGGCCAACCGCCACCACCAGCACCAUUGGCCAGUAAAAGUCCGAAACGAGUGCCAGGAGCAAAAGUCAGUAUGAGCUCUACCGAGCCUACCAGCAGCGGCUCGACUGAUACCCCUAAACCAUCGACAAGCGGGGGUGAGUCUUCUGUCGGGCAACCGUCGAAAAAUACCGGUGCAAGGGGCUCAACAAGUAGUUCGAACAGCGUAGUUGCUAGCGUCUCGACAAGCGAAAAACUAUUAUAGCAUUCGUU